AGCUCUGUUGCCCGGAUUAGGACUUUAGGGUUAACGCAUUUUGUUAUGAACUUCGUCAAUGCACGGAGCUCAGCUUCGUGCAUUGGUCGGAGCUCAGCUUCGUGCAUUGGUCGGAGUUCAGUCUACUUUUAUCAGGCACAGGCAAAACGUUGAACUGCUGAGCUACACCACACUCUCUCUCUCUCUACAUUCAACAGCGAGAGAGAAGCAGCAGCAGCCAGCGACAAUGUUCGGAGCUCAAUCUUCGUCGUUACCUUUUGGCACGCCGUCGUCAACCCCCGCCUUCGGGACGCCGUCGUCGACCCCAGCCUUCGGCACCCCGUCGUCGACCCCGGCCUUUGGGAUGCCCUCUUCGACCCCGUCGUUCUUUACUCCUUCGGCUCCGGCUCCGGCCUUUGGAACUCCGUCGACGUCUGCAUUUUCCACCGGUGGCUUCGGCUCCUUAUUCAACACUCCAUUAUCUUCUCAAACUCAGCAGCAAACGACGUCGUUUCAGCAGCCUCAGUCUGCUGGCGGCUUUGGGUUUCAGAGCCCGUUCACUACGCCGCAGCAGCCGACGCCCUUCCCUAACUCUCAAUUGACGACUCAGAUGGCUCCCGUCUCUCCUCUCCCUUUCUCUCUCGCCGAUCGCGAUAUUCAAGCAAUUGUUGACGCUUACAAGGACGAGCCUGGAAACCCUAAAUAUGCUUUUAAGCAUUUGCUGUUUAGCGUAACUGAUCCGCAGUUCAGGGUGAAGCCUGCUGGUGUAUCGGAUAUUAUGUGGGCAGAGGCUAUGGCAAAGCUCGAAGGUCUGGAAAGUACUGACAGGGAGCGCCUGUGGCCUCAGCUUGUUCAGGGAUUUAAAGAUCUCUCUCAACGCCUGAAGCUCCAAGAUGAAGUCCUUCUUUCAGAUGCUGAGAGAUUGCAAAUGACCCAAAGCAAUGUCAAGAUGCUUCAAAGGCAUUUUCAAGCUGACACACUUCCUUGGAUCGAAAGAAUGAGACAAAAAGAACAAGGUCUUCAAAGGCGCCUUUUGAGGGUGAUGAGAAUACUGGAGGCACUAGAGGGCAAGGGUUUCCGACUGCCCUUAAUGAAAGGUGAAGUAGAAUUGGCCGAGAAGUUAGCUGCAAUUACUAGACAGUUGAAAGGAUCCAGAGCUGAGCUUACUAGGAGGGUACAAAACCUACUAACCAUAUCCCGUGUCCAAGAGAAUUCUAUUGGUGCUGGUGGUUUAGGUUAUCUUCCUGGAUCAACCAAAAUCCAUGAACAGAGUCUCGCUGCUAUGCAAGAGGUGUUGCAACAGCAGACGGAAGCUAUUGCGAGACUAGGCAAUGUUUUGAAGCGAGAUAUCCGGGAUAUGGAGAUUAUAAUGGCAGAGGAUACAGAAACAACUGAGAACGGAAACUAAGACGGAAAGUUUGGUUUGUUAAUUGUAAUUUUUUUAUUUAAAUUAGUGCGUUUGAUUAGCAAUCAGUGGCAGUGGCAGUGGCCGGUGAUAACCCUUCUCCCUUGAACCGUUAACAGAGGCUUUGAGUUAAACUAUCCAAAUCAGUUCAGCUGACCACCGGAGACAGAGAGAGGACUCAUUUUUCUACUUGCAUCAUUUGCAACGAACGUUAACUCUUAUUUGGUAAUGGGUAAUACGGUCCUUAGUCUCUCA